AUGUUGGGACAUGUUCCAGCAAGAGACGCCACAGUCAGAGACGUUUUCAGAAGAAAGCCCUUCUCUUUUGGGAGGGUCUUGAUUGCUCCUCACCGUUGCAGAUAUCGUGUUUCUGCACUCUCUUCUUCUCACCAUAACCCGAAAUCUGAAACGGAUUGUGAAUUUUUGGAGCAAGACGCACAUGUAAUGCAUGCUGGGGAUACAGUGCAGGAGAAGCUGAUAGUUAAGCGUUUUGCUAGUAUUUCUUCUUCAAAUACUCAAGAAACAACAUCAAUUGGAGUUAACCCACAGUUAUCACCACCUUCAUCCUCAACUAUAGGGUCGCCUCUCUUUUGGAUUGGUGUUGGUGUUGGGCUUUCUGCACUAUUUUCUAUGGUAGCUUCAAGAUUAAAGAAAUAUGCUAUGCAACAAGCUUUCAAGACCAUGAUGGGCCAGAUGAAUCCACAAAAUAACCAAUUUGGCAAUGCUGCCUUUUCUCCGGGGUCUCCUUUUCCCUUUUCAAUGCCUUCGGCAGCAGGGCCCACUGCACCUGCUGGUUCUGCAACUACUCAAUCUCGAGCACCUUCAACAUCUAUUGCAUCUCAAUCCACUAUCACAGUAGAUAUACCUCCGUCAAAAGUAGAAGCUACCCCAACUACUAAUAUUAAAGAUGAAGUGGAAGUACAGAAUGAACCCAAAAAAAUUGCUUUUGUAGAUGUUUCUCCUGAAGAAACUGUACAGAAGAGUCCUUUUGAAAGUGUUAAAGAUGAUGAAUCAAGUUCAGUCAAGGAGGAAACCCGAGUUCCUGAUGAAGUUUCUCAAAAUGGAGCUCCCUCUAACCAAGGUUUUAGUGGUUUUCCUGGUUCUCAAUCUACAAAAAAAUCAGUCUUGUCAGUGGAUGCUUUGGAGAAAAUGAUGGAGGACCCAACAGUGCAGAAGAUGGUUUAUCCCUAUUUACCAGAGGAGAUGAGGAACCCUACUACCUUUAAAUGGAUGCUGCAGAAUCCACAGUACCGUCAACAACUGGAAGAAAUGCUAAACAACAUGGGUGGAAGCACUGAAUGGGACAGCCGAAUGAUGGAUACCUUAAAGAAUUUUGACCUUAAUAGUCCUGAAGUUAAACAACAAUUUGAUCAAAUUGGGCUGUCUCCGGAAGAAGUCAUUUCAAAGAUUAUGGCCAAUCCUGAAGUUGCAAUGGCUUUUCAAAAUCCUAGAGUUCAAGCAGCAAUCAUGGAUUGUUCACAGAAUCCGCUGAAUAUUACUAAAUAUCAAAAUGACAAAGAGGUUAUGGAUGUCUUCAAUAAAAUAUCAGAACUCUUCCCUGGAGUAGGUUCACCAUGA